AGUCACUAGUAGUGUUUGUGGAUCGAUUGACGUUUUGUUAGUUCUCUUCUUAAUUUCAACAAAGCGUAAUUACAGAGGAAAACCAUGCCAUCUGCAUCGUCAACAUUUGAAAGCCAAUAGUGGACUUGAGCAGACCUCAUCGCCAACGGCCAGGAAAAAAACAGGAAGCCGUCCAUCGCAUAUUAGGGGCUUUUUCAUCGACUGUAAGCACCGGAAUGCUCGCCAAAUCGAUAGCAUUUUAUCUGAACAAAGCUUUUCGCAUCCCGCUGAGGCUGACGGCGGACUGAUUCGUACGGCCUGCUGGGCUGAUGUAGUUUCGAUAUCUUCUUGUCCGGCAAUCCAGAAAAACGAUCAGCUAUAGCAAUCCAGGAAAAGGAAAACGACUAACGCGCGGCUUCUGGCUAGUUAUACGCGCGCGGGACGGGUAGGGGUGAGGUAAUCACCCGAAACGCGUUCGAAGAAAAGGGAUGCUGCAAUACGACAAAGACAAAGUGUGGUACUAGCCUAAAAAAUAGCUGAAGAUGUUCGGUGGUGGAGCCGCGCAGAAAAAGAUCGAAGAGCUGGAGCUCAAACUCCAGCAGGCGCAGCGGGAUCUCAAUACGGCGCAAGGGACAAUCGGAGCAAAAGCGAAUGAAGUUGCGAAACUGAAAGCGGUACUAUCUUCACGACAAUUCACUCAUGAUGGAGAAUCUGCGAACAACUCUAUAUCGAUAUCUAACCAAGCCUUGUUGUUCAAGAUUUUCAUAACUGGGAAUUUAGCCCGAUGUGCUUUUCCCAUAUCCACCAGACCAACCCUAUUUCGAGCCCAACAAAUGCCAAUCAGGAUGAGAAGAAAACGAAGGACCAGCUGAAAAAGCAGACGGAUGAUGCCACUAAGUUAGCAGCCGAUAAGUCAAAGCUUGAAGAAGACCGGAAAAAACUAACGGCAGACAUGCAGGCAAAGGCCCAGGAGAUCCAGAAUGUACAGUCAGCGGCGGCAACCGAGCGUCAGCGCGCGCGUCAGGCUUUCGAUCAGGCUAAAGCGGAGGCGGAAGCAGCAGUGGCGAGUCGAGAAGCCCAACUCGCACAACUGCGCGAAGAGAAGUCACAACUCGAAACCACGCAAGCGGAAUUGGAGGACAGAAAAUUGCAACUCGAGAAAAACGUCGAAAUGAAAGCCAAGAUCAUACAGAUAUGCCAGAAGAUUAUGGUUUUGAUUUUGUCGCUUGAAGGUAGUACGAUAUGACGAGUCCCUUUAAGUACGAGUACCUGUAUUUGCGCUUUAGGUGGAUUUCUUAAAGACAAAGAAAGAUAUAACUAACAGCUCCAUCGCGUCGGUUUGCUAUGAGGUGCCUUCGCGUGCGCCACAGCACUUGUUGUUCUUUCUAAACAUCGAGCAAGAAGAGGACUCUCAGGCAUCGAAAUUUUUUCUCGACGUUUCGAUUGAUGGCUGCGAAUUUGCAAAGCCGUUUCCGUAUUUUCUUACUGUACAACUCGGUGACGAAUUCGCACCACGCAGGACAGACACCUCUGCAAGCACCCAGUAUCCGCAGUUCGAGUCUAGCUCCUUUCUCCUUCCGUUUCAUGACGAGAAUACGGAGAAUCAGGUGAGAGAAAAAUUUGUUCAUUCGCGACGCGUACAAUUUGAUCAAUUCGUAGAAACAGUAUCUUGCUUAAAAGACCAAAAGCUAAGGGGUAUCAAUGCACAUGAUCAUCACAUCAAAAACAGCUUAUUGUCCGCGCAUAUGUUGUAGUGAACCCGGAAAGAGAGGACUCUGCCGUGAAGAAAUUGGGUGAGGCGAUAGUGAGCCUACACGAACUUGGAGCACUGAAGGCACCCGAUAGGAUAGAUCCGCGACUAGCAGAAUUACGCCAAAAAACGAUCGUCCACAACGCGUCUUUUCUUCGAAAGACAGAGCCCAGAUCAGGCGCGCCUACGGGUAUCAACAGAUGAUAAAAAACUUCAACCAAGAAGUGCAACGACUUCUACCUAGUACCUGUAAUUAGAAAAUGUGAUGACUCUUAUUCUUAAUGAUCUGCUUUGCCAAGUACAACUUGCAAUAGUCCCUCUUCACCACAAUCAGAUGCUGUAUCAAGUGGUAAUCAUCAUGUUUUAGUGGGCAAGUGCAUGCUUCGGAUAGAGAAGAAGCUGUUGAAGCCAAGCGAGGAGCUGAUUCUGACGCAUCAACGUGGCGACGGCCAGAAUGAUAUCGAGAAAGUCAAAGACACCAGCUUGGCAGAAGAGCUGGAUCAGGGCUUGUGGUAUUGCCGGUUUUUGACCUCGCGCCUGCUACUAGUAGACGACGAAGAUUGCUGCAAACAAUUUACUAGCUAGUAUGCUAGGUUUUUGGAUAAGAGUGAAAGGGUCGACACUCCUCAUCUUCCUCUCUCAGGCUCGUCACGCCGUUCCAGCAUCGAUUACGAAUUUUGUGCCAUUGCGCCAAGGACGUCGUGUAUCUUCAGUAUCAGGAAGGCGGUUCUUCAUCAUCGACCGCACCUCCACCUCGCGCGCCAGACCCUAUGAGCGCAGUUGAUGCACUCCAGGAUCUCGAGGACGCAAAUAACGGGACAGACACGGCAGGUGCGGCGGUUCGUUCGUCUUCAGUGAACGUCUCUGCACCACCAGUGAAACUGCAAGUGACUGCCCGACUUUUGCGGUAUGAUGGAACCUGCGCUUUUCAAGUCCCAGGCGCAGAAUUUGAGGUACAACCACCGGGACAGUUUAAUGCGGAUAUUGUAGAGCAUUUGAUAUUAAAUCAGGAGCUAGUCUUGCCUCUGGGAUUGAACGGAGGAGGAGCAUCAACGACAGACUUGAGAGAUCAGCGGUGCGAGCUAACAGUAACGUUGGUCCGGAACGCAGACGUUCGAGAGAUACUUUGUGUGCAAUUUUUCUUGAAUGUGAUACCCGCAUUCGAUCCAGUAACCGUGAUGUGUUGCACAUCCGGCGGCGGCUCUUCCGUUUCUGCGGGCGGCGGUACUAGCUUUCACGCGGGCGGCGCACCGACGAGUGGUCUCCUCGUGCCUGGAGGCCCGAUAGGUAAGUUCCCGAGUGGACCUGGGUUGUGUUUCACAGUCACGAGAGAAAUUCCCCUACCAGACAUCGCAGAAAGCUUUCACGGAAUAGAAUUUCGGUGUCACGGUGUUCCAACUGCGAGGCCAUUGCCUGAGAUGGCGAAUCACGCAUUGCUGCUUGUUUCUCCUGAUUUUCCAACGCAGACACAGCAGUAUAGCGGUAUGCCGACUCCGCGUGUAACGAUUGUUCGCUAUCACUAUGACGUACGGCGGGACCUCAGUGCAGUCCUCGAGGGCUAUUUCAAGGACCAGUUGGCCACGUACCCCAGGCCACCGCGAUAUUUCAUGACACCAGUUGCGGUUAGUCGUAGUCGCUGUCCACAGUUUGACGGCUACGUCCUUCGUAGUGCGGCAGCAGAUCGCUGUCUGCAGCAUUUGAGCCUGUUUCUUUUUGAGUUGAAUCUUCUCCGCAGUGAACCGACAGCGCCGCUCCCAGACCACCUUGUCGGAUUUGCCUGCGUAGAUGCUUCCACAUUGUGCCCACCAGAGGGUGCACGGGAUCCACUACAUAGAGCCUACAUGUUGGACUUGAGGCUACUCGAAGAUCCGACAAGGGCAUCAACACUAGCAGUCGACGUUCGUAUCUGGGGUAGAAACAUGCGAGCGGAAGCCAUGCUUGCUGCUGUGGGGCACAAACAAAGGGCCCUGAGUACUACGUAGAGCACUGAUUUGGUAUCCGUGAUUCUGAAAAUCAAUCUUCCUUUUUACUGGCUAUGAGAACGUACAAGUAGCACAAAAAGAUCUCAAGACGUUAUUUGAGCGCAUUUUUCAUGUGCGGGCCCCCGCUGUGCCUUGCCAAGAAACAUCCUCCACCUCCAGGUAGCGGCUACAUUCCUGACACGCUACCGAACAGUCCAGAGAAGCCGGGGAGGUCUUUAUACGCAGGGAGCCCAGCGAAAAUGCCACCCGCACUUCCGACUGCGGAAGCGCAAGAACAGGAGUUCAGAUUAAACCAGGACCUAUCUAUCCAACUAAUGCGCGAAUUUAAUCUACGAGCGUCAGCGUUAAAAACUGCAGGGGAGGAGAUCGUGGAGUUGAAGAAAACGAUACAAAUCCUACAAAACCAAAACGCGAAGCUCAACAUGCAGCUGGAAGAAGAGCUCAAGUUCAAUGAGGUAUUGUUGAUAUUUCAACUAGCUGCCUUAUGCUCUCUAUGUAUACUAUCAGCGAUUAUAUGCACCUUGUUCGUGGUGGGGGUGGGCAUGAAUGACAUCAAGGACAGAGCUUCCUUAGCAAAAUUCAAGGAAGUGUCACGCUCAUAGACGGAAAACCAUUACUCACACUCAAAAUCCAAACACAAAAAUUAAGUUUUUCAUUAUCAACUUCACUACCUAACUAACUAGGUACUUCGCUCGAACUAGUUGGAGUUGUCUGCAGCGGUCCCGGUGUGGUAUGGCUUCAAGGAGAAACGAGACGAGAGUCCAGCUGCUGAGCGUGGCCAGAACGUGCCCGAGAGGAUCACUCUAGUAGAAGCCUUGCUGUUUGGAGUGCUGCAGACAACUCCAACCAUCUACUCUAAUUUAAACUAUCUAGUGAACUGCGUAGUUUAACAGGGGCUAGAAACUUUAGACUUUGUGUUUGGUUUUUGAGUGUGAGUAAUGGUUCUCCUUCGUCGCUCCUACAAAUACUAUAACGCAGGACGUCCGCGUUAACCAACCUUUGAACUCCGAGCUUCUCGACAGCCUGUCAACUUCGGAACUUGCGAUGAAGCUUCAGACGGCAGUUGCAAAAUACCGAGAGGAGAAAAACAAGGUGAACGAUCUAAAGACAAGGAUGGAGAGUGGAAUGCGGGAAAUUGUCAAGAAUCGCGGUCUAGAGCGCAAACUUGAGGAGCUCGAACAGGCACACCUCGAACAGGCCACGUUGCUACAGAAAUACCAGAAGGACACGAAGAAAAUCGAGCUCUACCGAGAAACAGCAAGAUCACAGUUAUGUUGACGAAAAUGAGUAUGGGCAUUUCGAUGAAGCUAGGCCCUCUUCCUUGCCUUGUAUUGUACUUAGUCUUUCUUAUCUCCUUGUUCAUCUCCUACUCCUCUACUUACAGUUACAACUAAUAUAAUAAUUUAAAAGCUUGUUGAAGCCUCUCAAUGCACUGUCGUUCUCCUGAGUCCGAAAAUUACUGGUGAUGCAAGAUCAAUUGUAUUUCUCUACAUGCUGGUGCGUUUUUUAUCUUUAUUGUGUCGUAGUUACUAGCCCUCCUUCUCUUGUUCAUACUCGGAGAAGGUUAUCGGCAAGCUGGAGAAAGUCCUCGAAAGUAGCCUCGAGGACCUGCACAAAGCCCAGCAAACUCAGAUCGAGCUAGAGCGAGUACGAUCGGAAAACGUGCAGUUGCGACAAGAGCUAGCCUCGCUGAGCCAGAAAGCGUCCUCGUUGACUCACGCAGAGGAGGACUUGCAGACCGCGAAGAAAAUGCUUGGUGACAAGCAAGCAGAACACGACAAACUCCGCGAAAUCUGCGAGCAACUCGAGAGAGCGUCGGCUACUUAUGAAUAAAUUCCUUUGCUUUAACUAAGCAGAUGAAAUCAAAUGGGGUCCUCGUCUCCUACAACUCCUUCGAAUUUCUAUAUGCACCAUUUCGACCUCGUUCUAUGUGUGGAUAAGUAAUCAGUUUCUGCUUGACGUAGGGCAGCUCUAAUUUCCAACAGGUGGAGGAGACAAGCAGCUUUUGCAGUACAAGAUACAGCAAUUAGAAGCGCGAGUACAGACGUCAGAACAGGUGAUUCGCGAAAACGGGAAGAAAACUUCAAAAGAGCUGGCCGCGCUGAAGCUAGAAAUCGCACGCAAAGACGCAAAAAUCAAGGCAAUGCAGCAGCAAGGUGUAGCAGGCUGA